UCCAGUCUAGUUACUGCUGCAUAUCCGGGUGCUACGACUGUAUACAAUGCCGUAUGUUGUUGGACUUUUAGUUUUGAGUUUGUGUCUAUACAGCUGUCUUACAUAUACGCACUCACUUGCAACCCAAAAGGUGAAGAUUGUGGUAAGGAAUUUUGUGUGUAAUUACGUAAAUACGUUUAUCUAGGCAUCCGGUGCUAGCUAGAGUUCUAUGUAAACUAGACAAUGAUGGCAAAACGCAAUUACUAGUAAUUAUUGAAAUGGUUAGGACAGUACCCUCAAUAAUUUUUCUGCCUUUCUGCAUUAUCCCCAAAUGCAGUAAUAGCAUAGUUAUGUUGCACAUGAUUGUACUGUUUGGUCUCCCAAACAAUCAAAAUCUUUCAAGGCCUAUACAUGUCAUACAAUGUGUUUAUUGAUGAUUGUAUGUGUUGGUCCCGCCUGUAGAUUCCUUCUGGAUGUUGCUAUCUAUCCUGUCAACGCCCGUGGAGUCAACAAGGAGACUUCUCUGCAUGUUGCAGCUGUCCAUGGAAAUAUUCGGGCUCUGCAGUUGUUGGUCAUGUAUGAUCCGAGAGACAAGAAACAGGUUAUUGGUGACUGUGACGCCUAUGGAAUGAUCCCACUUGUGCUUGCAUCUCUGAGAAAUCGAGUGGAAUGUGUGGUUUGGAUGCUGACGACGUUUGGAUUAGUUGGGUUGUUCGUUGGAAAUCCCAGUCAUUGUUCUGCUGUUCACAUGGCAGCAGCUGCAGGUAGCUUAGAGGUAUUGAAACUGUUGAUAUCACACCGAAAACUGACAGUGAAUUACCAAGACAGUAAAGGUGCAGGCAAGGAGGGAAACCUCGAGCGUUUAAAGUAUUUGGUGAAAGAAGGGUUAGCUAAUCCUCUAGCUAAAGCAAAAGAUGGAAUGACAUCGCUUCAUGCAGCAGCUCAGGGAGGACAUACCGGUGCUGCAGGUUUGCAUUCAUGUUCUGUACUCGUAUAG